AUGUUUUUUCCGGUGAGACCUAACAGCGUAAAGAGUCGGAAGCCCAAGUCCUCCUCCACUACCUCCAACAAACAAUCCCAACCAUCAACAAAUCGAGCGUCCCAAGGACGGACCUCCCGCACGUCAACCAAGGAAACCGAGCCCGAAGAAUCCACGGCUCGCUGCUCGACUUCCUCGACCUCCCACACUCCUCCCCCACGACGGUCCUCUAUGCCUGGCCUCGACGCCGCGAGUCGAGCGGGAACAGCCUCGUUCCUGGAAUCGAGGUCCAGCCUCCCAUACCCUUCCUUCUCCAAAGCGCAUAGCAAAGAAGAUGUUCGCCACCACGACAUCCCUACCCCAGACCCGACCGACUUGACCGCUCAGAAGGAAAAUGGACCCAGUCACGACCGCACCGAGAAUAACCAUGCCCCUCCCAGUCCACCAUUGACUGGUCUCGACCAGGAAUCAUCUCAGAGGGGCAGUACGGCCAGCAGGCAAGAUGAUAAAGAGGGGGAAAAGCCCAAGGCCAAAAAGGCAAGCAUAAGGAUCAGAACCGAGGUGAACAGGUCGUCAUCGAGCCUUCGAUCGAAGAGAGAUGAUUCAACCAAGUCUAGCAAGACGGCGAGGGCAGAUACACCAAAGUCAAAGUCAUCUAGGUCUGAAAAGGAAGCUUCGUCGCCUCGUGCCAGUCACAGACCAUCAAAGGCAAAACUCUCCGAUGAGAAAAAGCUACCCAAGCGAUCGAGUCGCUCGACGUUGUCGCCCUCUCAGUCAACAGUUCGCGAUGUGGGCGGAGAAUCGACCGUUGGAUCUGAUGCUACCUCCAUUGCUCCUAAUCAACAAUACACUGUACCACGGAAGGCAAUGACCCCGCCGAUGAAGCCCCCCUCUCGCAAUCAGAACCGGUCGGCGGCCUCCCACCGUCAUACUCCCAGCGACGACUCGAUUGAUUAUGGCCGACCUGUGAUGCCCAUUCCAGGAUUCGGUGCGCCGCCGCCUCCUCCACCUCCGCCACAGGUCCCUGUCACCAUCCCGAGGGUCGACUAUCUUCUUCAACAUGGAGGUCUUGAUCACCGAGUGCCGCGAACAUUGCUUCCUGUCCCAGCCACGUCCGACCCUUUCUCUCAAUCCGCCACUCAGCCUCAGCUGGCAGCUGCUAAGGUUUUUGAUCAGUUCAGUCACUUGCUAGAUGAUUACCAAAAGGUCAUGAGCAAGAACGGAUCUCUGGCCGUCGCGACUGGAUACCGAUCUGUUGCUCGUCGGCUGCUGGAUCGUCUGGAGACCGUUUUCGCACGUGACAUUUCAUCAGAGCCAUGCAACUGUCUUAUGUGUGAGCGUGAAGACAGGGAGGAACGUCCAGAGGGUGUGAGCUGGGGGGAGGUGUUGGAGUUAGUGUCUGGACGUCGCGAGUUGCCCAUGUGGCCGCCGUUUAUGAUGGUUGCAUCCACCGUGGAUGCGGGAUCUCCUGGCGAAGAGCACAUUCCCAUGCAGAAGCUUGAUGUCGACGUACCCGAGGAGUACCGCGAUCACUUUAUCCGCCAGUCUCGCAAGACCAAGGUCGCGGUUGACAAAUGGCUUUCUGAGCAGACUGACUCAGCGAGCAGUGCACCUGAAGAAGUGGACGAUGAAACCUUGACUUUUGCGAUGCUCACACAUCUUGAAUCUCACCAACGCUCCGUGUUUUGUGCUCUCCUUGGAAUCAAUUCCUCAACUCCCGUGCCGCGUGCAGAUGAUGAGAAACCUCGACACCGACCGUCGCCACUCGUGUCUUCUUCGCAGGCGAUUCAGCGACUAUAUCGCCUUCCAUCUCUCCCGCGCGACCCGGAAACGGCCAUGUUUAUGUUAAACAACCCGGGUCUGCACCACGUCUUGGCAACCCUUGCUGCUAUUACAGAUGACGAGUGGGAGAUCCUGAUAUCCGGCCGAUUUGACGGGUUCCUCCGCAGCGGUGUCGAAGAUCCCGUUCCGGCCACCAAUCCCCGCUGGAGUGGCAGUCGCUCCAACACGCCAUUCAGCGCUGCAGGAAUCUCGCGCGGUCCAACACCCAACUACAUGGACAGCAGCUUCCGGCCCGGAAGCCAGCCCAACGGAGGCCCGAAUUCCCCUGCUUCAUUCGGAGGGCCGAUCGCGUUGGAUGAGGAAACGGAAAUCGCCGCCUUGGCUGAAAUUGAACGCGAUAUCUUCCUCGGAAUGGAAGCUCUGGAAGAUGCUUUCGAGGCACUCCACCUCAAAGCAGAAGUUGUCCGCCUUGCACUGCGCGAACGUGGUGCCGGUCUCUCCGUCGCCAGCCAAAGCCGACGAGGCUCCUACGUCGAAGCGCGCCUGGGAACCCCAGCCUCAGCUUGGGAGAGCGGCACUGAAGAUGAUUUCCUCAUGGAUGACGACCGCUCCCUGGCCCCCGACGACUCCGCUAGUAAUAUUAGCUCGAACCGUCGGCGCCGACCCAAGCGACGCACCGAGCGCCGGACCCCGGCUCCAGUCGAGGAAGAAGAUGAGGAGGAGGACAUGGUGCAUGUUAGUCGCCGCGACAGCCGAAACUCGCGGCGGAGAUAG